AUGUGGGUCACUGCCGACUGCGUCGACCUCCUGUACAGCCGCCCGGUCAUCGACAACGUGGUCGACCUCACCAGCCCGGUUCCUCACCGCAAGGUGUCGGGCCACUUCGACGGCACCGAGAAGCGAUUCAACUUCUACUUCCCACCAAAGGGCCAGUGGGAGGGCCGCUUCUUCCACCUCGUGUACCCGACCCAGGACGAGAUCGCCACCGACGAGGCCGUCAGCUUUGGCGUGGCCAGCGGGGCCUACACGGUGCAGACCAACGGUGGCGGCGGCUACCGGGUCGAUGCUGCCGCGGCAAAGUUCGCCAAGGCCGUCGCGGCGAGCUACUACAUCUCACCUGAACCGAUCCACGGCUACCUCUACGGCGGCAGCGGCGGAUCCUUCCAGACCAUCGGCGCCAUCGAGAACUGUGCUGGGGUGUGGCACGGCGCCGUGCCGUUCAUACCAGGCGUGCCAACCUCGAUCCCCAAUAACUUCUUCGUCCGAGCCAUGGCGCGGUUCGUGCUGGAGGACAAGGCGCCGCAGAUUGCUGACGCGGUGCGCCCCGGCGGGAGCGGCGACCCCUACGCUGGGCUCAAUAACGUGGAGCGCGCGGUGCUGCUCGAGGUGACCCGGAUGGGCGUGCCGCUGCGGGCCUGGGAGGACUACAAGUAUCUGCUCGGGCUGCACGAUCCCCAGGGCCUCCUCGGCUUCGCAAGCGUGGUCCAGGGCCUGGACCCCACCUACGCCGAUGACUUCUGGACCAAGCCCGGGUACCUCGGAACAGAGCAGUCGGCCCUCGGCGAUCGGUUCCGUGCCGCAGCCAAGCCCAACAAUCGGUGGUCUCUGGCGCUGGCCUCAUACCACCGGCACCAGGUGCCCAAGCGGCCGGGCUUCUAUGCCUGGGACCACCUCAGGGGACCCGAUGGGAGGCCGAUCUACCCGCAGCGCCCCAUCGAGAUCGGCCCGCUCAUCUCCCGUGGCGCAGCCGGCGGUGGAACGCACACCGGCGCGAUACAGGGCAAGAUCAUUGUGGCGGCCAACCUGCUCGACGUCGACGCCUACCCGUGGCAUGCCGACUGGUACAGCACGAGGGUGAGGGAGUCCCUCGGCCAGCAGCGCUACGACGACAACUUCCGGCUCUGGUACAACGACAACGCCGAUCACAUCGGGCCUCGCACCGCCCGCCUCGUGCAGUCCGAGGGCAUGCUCCAGCAGGCGCUCAGGGACCUGACUGCCUGGGUCGAGAGGGGGAUAGCACCGGCGCGAUCGACACGGUACGGGCUGGUCGACAGUCAGGUCAGGGUGCCGGACGACGCUGCAGGGCGCCAGGGUGUCCAGCCCGUUGUCGAGCUGACCGUCAACGGUGCGGCAUGGAUUGACGUCGCCGCCGGCCAGACCGUCACCUUCGUGGCCAAGGUUCAGGUUCCGCCGGCGGCCGGCAAGGUGGUGGCCACCGAGUGGGACUUCGAUGGCACGGGCAACUUCACGGCGUGGCCCUUUGGUGGUCCCAGGCCGAUGGUGGAGGUGUCGGUGCCGUUCACCUACACUACGCCCGGCCUCUACUUCCCGGCGCUGCGGGCGACCUCCCAACGCGAGGGUGACCCAAGCACGCCCUUCGCAAGGGUCCAGAACCUGGGUCGCGUUCGUGUCGUGGUCCACUAA